AUGUCGUCCUUAAUGUUGUUCACAUUGAUUGCCUUGCUACACAGCCCUUGCUUUGGAGUAGUUUCGUCUGGAGGACCGCAAUGCUUUACGUUUAUGAGUCACCACUCCUCCUGUCCGGAGUCUUGGCAUCACUGGGGAGACUCUUGCUACAGGAUCACGGACUCCAACGUUCUCUGGUCCAAUGCUAGAGACGAGUGUGGUAAGCUGGAUGGUGUUCUGGCCGCACCCAGCUCAAGUCAAGAAAACGAGUUUAUUGUAUCUUUGAUUCCAGCAGGCGGCUAUGUGUGGAUCGACUGCAAUGAUAUCGAGGAGGAAGGAAGAUGGGAGUGCAGAGAGGGUGGCAUACAAGUCUCUUACAGAAACUGGUAUUCUACUGAACCCAAUAAUGUAGGAGAGGAAGAUUGCGCCAUCAUUUCGCGGGCGGUGGGAAUUGCAGAAUGGCACGAUGUAGGUUGCAACUGGGUUUGCAGAGUCGCUUGCAAACUGGUUGGUAGACCAGUUCUUCGCAUUGAACAAUAG